AUGCCUGACAACCUAUCAUUACAUUUAAGCGGCUCUUCGAAAAGAUUAAAUUCCCGUCAAUUUGUGGAAUCCUCCAAUGAGACCUUUGCGCCAAAUAAUGUGGAUUUGGAGAAAGAGUAUAAGUCAUCUCAGAGUAAUGUAACUACCGAAGUUUAUGAGGCAUCGAGCUUUGAAGAAAAAGCUAACUCAGAAAAACCACAAUACAGUUCAUUUUGGAAGAAAGUCUAUUAUGAGCAUGUUGUCGUUGACAGGUCAAUCUUGGGAGUUUCCGUUCUGGAUUCGUUUAUGUAUAACCAGGACUUAAAACCCGUCGAAAAAGAAAGGCGAGUUUGGUCUUGGUACAAUUAUUGUUACUUCUGGCUCGCUGAGUGUUUCAAUAUUAACACUUGGCAAAUUGCAGCUACAGGCCUACAGUUAGGUCUAAAUUGGUGGCAGUGUUGGAUAACAAUUUGGAUUGGGUACGGUUUCGUUGGUGCUUUUGUUGUUUUGGCUUCUAGAGUUGGCUCUGCCUACCAUUUGUCAUUCCCUAUAUCAUCUAGAGCAUCAUUCGGAAUUUUCUUCUCUUUAUGGCCCGUUAUUAACAGAGUCGUCAUGGCCAUUGUUUGGUAUAGUGUUCAAGCUUAUAUUGCGGCAACUCCGGUAUCGUUAAUGCUAAAAUCUAUCUUCGGGAAAGACUUACAAGACAGAAUCCCGGAUCAUUUUGGAUCACCAAAUGCUACUACUUAUGAGUUCAUGUGUUUUUUCAUCUUUUGGGCUGCCAGUCUUCCAUUUUUACUAGUACCGCCUCACAAGAUUAGACACCUGUUUACUGUUAAAGCAGUCUUGGUUCCGUUUGCUUCUUUUGGUUUCUUAAUUUGGGCUAUCAGAAAAGCCCACGGGCGCAUUGCCUUAGGAUCUUUAACUGAUGUGCAACCUCAUGGCUCUGCAUUUUCGUGGGCUUUUCUGAGAUCACUAAUGGGUUGUAUGGCCAAUUUUUCCACAAUGGUCAUCAACGCUCCAGAUUUCUCUAGAUUUUCAAAAAACCCUAACUCCGCUUUAUGGUCCCAAUUAGUGUGCAUUCCAUUUUUGUUUUCUAUCACUUGUUUAAUUGGCAUCUUAGUCACCGCAGCUGGUUAUGAAAUAUAUGGUGUUAACUAUUGGUCACCACUCGAUGUGCUAGAAAAGUUUUUACAGACUACUUAUAACAAAGGUACAAGAGCUGGUGUCUUUUUAAUCUCCUUUGUCUUUGCUGUAGCUCAGCUGGGUACUAAUAUUUCUGCAAACUCAUUGUCAUGUGGGACUGAUAUGUCCGCUAUUUUCCCCAAAUAUAUCAACAUCAAGCGCGGUUCGUUAUUCUGUGCAGCCAUGGCACUAUGUAUUUGUCCAUGGAAUUUAAUGGCAACAUCGAGUAAAUUUACAAUGGCCUUGUCCGCAUAUGCUAUCUUUUUAUCCAGUAUUGCCGGUGUUGUCUGCUCAGACUACUUUGUUGUUAGAAGAGGCUAUAUUAAGUUAACGCACAUAUACUCCCAUCAGAAGGGCUCUUUCUAUAUGUAUGGGAAUAGAUUUGGUAUCAACUGGAGAGCUUUGGCUGCUUACCUAUGUGGGGUGGCCCCCUGCUUGCCUGGUUUCAUCGCAGAAGUUGGUGCUCCUGCUAUAAAGGUUUCUGAUGGAGCUAUGAAACUCUAUUACUUAAGUUACUGGGUAGGAUACGGCUUGAGCUUUUCAUCCUAUACUGCUUUGUGUUACUUCUUUCCUGUACCUGGAUGCCCAGUUAACAACAUUAUUAAGGACAAGGGCUGGUUCCAAAGAUGGGCCAAUGUCGAUGAUUUUGAAGAAGAGUGGAAGGAUACAAUAGAGAGAGAUGACCUGGUAGAUGACAGUAUUAGUGUCUACGAACACGAACACGAAAAGACGUUUAUUUAA